AGCAACCUGUGGAAGUAAUUACUAAUUAGUGAGCUAAAGCAGUGUUUCUGUAAAUCCCAUCAUUAAUGGUUCAGGGCUCACACGAUAAUGUUGUUUUUCUUUUCUUUCUUUUUUUUUUUUUAAAUAAUUUUCAAACUUGGGUUAACCUAUAUUGGUCAUGGACUAGGACUUGCUUUUAGAGGUAAUUUUGGGUUGGACGAUGGUCCAAUUGUAUACUCGAAUAUGCCCUGUCCGUCCGCUGGUCAUCUUUCUUUGUUCUCUCUCGUUAGACUUAAGGGAGUCGUUUGGAGCGAAGAAAAGUAGUUUUGUUUGGUCAAAAAAAAAAAAAAUCAACCGGUGUUUUUUUCCAGUGAGAAGACCUAAGGUCAUUCAAGCUCUGGAACAGCUCCACAUCUACUGGAGAAGAAAGCGAUAGGAAUGUUAAACGGAGCAGAGGACGAAGAGAAGUGGCUGGCGGAAGGGAUCGCCGGUAUUCAACACAACGCAUUUUACAUGCAUCGAGCUUUGGACUCCAGUAAUCUUAAAGAAGUUCUCAAGUAUUCAGCUCAGAUGCUAUCAGAGCUCCGGACGUCCAAACUCUCUCCUCACAAAUACUACGAACUCUAUAUGCGAGCUUUUGAUGAGUUGAGGAAAUUGGAGAUGUUCUUCAAAGACGAAAGCAAGCACGGCGUCUCUGUGGUUGAUCUGUACGAGCUUGUUCAACAUGCUGGAAAUAUUUUGCCUAGAUUGUAUCUCCUAUGUACGGUAGGAUCUGUCUAUAUCAAAUCUAAGGAGGCUCCUGCUAAGGAAGUUCUUAAAGACCUUGUGGAAAUGUGUCGUGGAGUUCAACAUCCCAUACAUGGACUUUUUUUAAGGAGUUACCUUGCUCAAAUCAGUCGAGACAAAUUGCCAGAUAUUGGUUCUGAGUAUGAAGGAGAUGCUGACACUUUGAAGGAUGCUGUGGAAUUUGUGCUGCAGAAUUUCACCGAGAUGAAUAAACUUUGGGUGCGAAUGCAGCAUCAGGGACCUGGUAGAGUUAGAGAGAAGCAGGAAAAAGAAAGGAGCGAGCUUCGUGAUCUUGUAGGGAAAAAUCUCCAUGUUCUCAGUCAGAUAGAAGGGGUGGACCUGGAGAUAUACAAAGAAACAGUUCUCCCCAGAGUCUUAGAGCAGAUUGUCAAUUGCAAAGAUGAUCUUGCUCAAUAUUAUUUGAUGGAUUGCAUAAUUCAGGUGUUCCCUGAUGAGUAUCACUUGCAGACUCUUGAGACAUUAUUGGGUGCUUGCCCCCAGCUCCAGCCAACAGUUGACAUCAAGACAGUUUUGUCUCAACUAAUGGACAGACUGUCAAAUUAUGCUCAAUCAAGUGCAGAUGUAUUACCUGAAAUUCUACAAGUAGAAGCCUUUGCUAAAUUGAGUAAUGCAAUUGGGAAGGUCAUAGAAGCGCAGGUUGACAUGCCUGCUGUUGGAGCUAUAACUUUGUAUGUCUCUCUUCUUACUUUUACUCUUCGUGUUCAUCCUGAUCGGCUUGAUUAUGUGGAUCAAGUACUGGGAGCCUGUGUUAAGAAGCUCUCUAACAUACCAAAGCUUGAAGAUAGCCGGGCGAUAAAACAAGUGGUUGCACUUUUGAGUGCUCCAUUGGAGAAAUACAAUGAUAUAGUUACAGCUCUGACACUUUCUAAUUAUCCACUUGUAAUGGACCACCUUGAUAAUGGAACAAAAAAGGUCAUGGCAAUGGUUAUCAUUCAAAGCAUUAUGAAAAAUAACACUCGUAUUUCAACUUCUGACAAGGUUGAGGUGUUGUUCGAAUUAAUAAAAGGUCUCAUUAAGGACAUGGAUGGUGCUGAUGUGGAUGAGCUUGAUGAGGAGGAUUUCAAGGAUGAACAAAAUUCUGUUGCUGGGCUCAUACACAUGCUUUAUAACGAUGAACCAGAGGAAAUGUUGAAGAUUAUAUGUACUGUGAAGAAGCAUACAAUGGCCGGGGGACCAAAACGCCUCCCCUUUACAGUUCCUUCACUUGUUUUUUCUGCACUUAGGUUGGUUAGGCAAUUGCAAGGUCAGGAGGGAGAUAUAGUGGGAGAAGAAGUGCCAGCAACACCAAAGAAAAUUUAUCAGCUCUUGACUCAGGUCAUUGAGGCUCUUUCAACUGUUCCAUCACCUGAACUUGCAUUAAGGUUGUACCUGCAAUGUGCGGAGGCAGCUAAUGACUGUGAUGUUGAGCAUGUUGCUUAUGAAUUUUUCACUCAAGCCUUUGUAUUAUAUGAAGAAGAAAUUGCGGACUCCAAAGCUCAAGUGACCGCAAUUCAUCUGAUAAUUGGGACUCUCCAGAGGAUGAAUGUAUUUGGUGUUGAGAACCGAGAUACUUUGACCCACAAGGCCACAGGAUAUUCAGCUCGGCUGCUAAAGAAGGCUGAUCAGUGCAGAGCUGUUUAUGCAUGUUCGCAUCUUUUCUGGGUUGAUGGUCAGGACGGCAUUAAGGAUGGGGAAAGGGUCUUUCUGUGCCUAAAGCGUGCAUUGAGGAUUGCGAAUGCUGCCCAGCAAAUGGCUAAUGUUGCACGAGGUAGCAGUGGGCCAGUCACACUCUUUGUUGAGAUAUUGAACAAGUACGUCUACUUCUUUGAAAAAGGAAGUCAGCAAGUCACUGGUGCUGCAAUCCAAGGCCUGAUAGAAUUAAUCAAUACCGAGAUGCAGAGUGAUUCAGCAACACCAGAUACUGCUUCAGAUGCUUUCCUUGCCAGCACGUUGCGUUACAUUGAGUUCCAGAAACAAAAAGGCGGUCUAAUGGGUGAGAAAUUUGAAUCCAUUAACUUGUAAAUUAUUGGGUAUCUAUAGGAUUGUUCCUGGCAGCCUGAAACGUGAUGCCAAGCAGGUUAUUCAGUUUGAGGAAAAAAAAAAUUGAUGGUUGGGGAGUGUUUUGAUUUUAAGGUACUAUAGCCUGACAUAGAAGAUGGUUUUUUUCUCGAGGUGAAAUUUCUUUUUUUUUUUUUUUUUAUACUAUUUCGCUGUUGUUGCCUGUGGCUAGAAAGUGGCAAAAUUUGUCAUAAGAAAUUUUUGUUCAAUUAUUUGCGGGAUUUUUAAAAAUUUUUAUUUACUCCAGUAAAAACUUAAAUGGCUUCAGCUUGAAUUCCAAAAUUUUUAUUUGCUUAACUUGGAAUUUAUAAAAAUUCAGGACUUCAAAUUAAUUGAUAUGAUAUUCAUUUAUUUUAAAAUUUGAUCAUUUGGAUUUUGGAUAUGGUUCAGAGCUAAUUUUCUUUCAUAAUAUUAUUUACUUAUUUAUUUUUUAUAUAAAACAUUGCUUUUUUUUUCCUUUGGACGACAUACCAAAAACUUUCUAUUAUUGUAAUCAAUAAGAGAGAGUACAACAACAACAAAACAGCUGCAAGAGAAACUGCUGUCAGGCAGCAUACAACACUCUAGGAGUUAUGAGAGAAAUGAUACCUCACAGAUAUCUCGAACAAAGUUAUAAACUAUGAUAUUGAUAACCUUAAAGUGGAGCAGGAAGCCCAUCCAUAUCAAGAAUGAAAACCAAGGAGGAUGGGUUCAUAAAAGCCCAAUCAGAAAUGCACAUUCCGCUCUUUGACAGGCAAUGGCAUCCUACACAGUCUGCAGCUUUUUUGGUUGUUCUGUGACACCAAUUAAAUUCCAUUCUGGAAUUUUUAUCUCUUAUGAUUGGAAGAACUCGCCAAAAUCCAGUACGUUUCCCCUGCCAUAAUCCUGGUACAAUAAUUUCGAACCAAUUUCUAUAAUAAUCUUCUUGAAAUUCAUCUCCUCAGCCAAAAUCACCCCCUCCAUUGCGAAAGCCUCUGCCUCAAUACUUGUCUUCACCAAGACAAAUCUCCAUCCAACCAACUAAUUUUCCAUCCUCAUCCCAUGUUACCACAGCAAUGCCUGCUUCCUUUGAUUGUUGGCAGAAAGCCCCAUCACAGUUUAUCUUUACCCACCCUUCAUCUGGUUUUUUCCAAACUGCUGUUUUCUUUUCUGCAACCCCACCUCUUAUAUCAUCAUCAAGCUCCAAUACACCUUAUUUUUCUACAACAGCUCCAUCGAUCUUUUGGAUUGUCUGGAUUGGAUUUGGCUCCUUUUUUGUGUAAUAGCAGCACAUCCCUCCUUCC